AUCUACAGCUCUUUGUGAUCGGUUUGCCUGUCACUUUGCAGAUAAAGUCGCUUGCAUCCGUGCUGACCUGGACUCCAGAGUUUUGGCAGUUCCGGCAGACGUGCCUUUGGUACCAUCUGGUCCCGUUGUGUUGGAUUCUUUUCGGAGAGCUUGUCCCAAUGGGACAAACGUCCAAACAACAAAACACAAAAGAUUACUAGACAGAAUACAACAUCAGUCUGUACAGAUAACCAGGUCCCCACAUCAGUGCAAAAUCUCCCCUUGUUGAGAUGGCAAGGCAAGAAGGCAGCACCAUAGCUUGGUGACACAACACCCGUAUCAAACUGUCUUACCGUGUACCAAUACAGACUGGCUGCAAUUCUGGCUGCCAUCCACUAGAUGUCUCUGACAUAUUCUUUGACAGGGUUGUUAACAAAAUCAGAACUGAGUGAUUUUGCUUAGGAAAGCCUGGAUGCAGCAAAGAAGUACAGGAGGAAGGAAGCCCUUUGGAGCAGGCUCUGUCCUCCGAAAACCAUGUAACUGGGUGAGUCCUAGCAUUGCUUCACAACUUUCUCCAUAGAAAGGAAGUUGUGAUGGGUCUUCAUCACAAAUGGAAUGAAAGACUACAGUUGAAAGUUGAGCCUGCCAUGGAUGGUAGAAGUCUGAAGCGGGCAAAGUUAGUGUGGGACCAGUGAAGUGGACACACAAUAAGCGUUCUGCUCAAGCAAUCCUGAUCACUCAGGACUAAAAAAGGCAUUUAGCAGGAGACAAAUAGAGCAUCGGUAUUCAUUUGUACGCCACAGUCUUUGUGUCGAAUACAAAGAAGUUUUCCUUAUCGCCAUGGGAAUCCAGAACCUUUUGUCUCCGAAUAUUUUGAGCUGCUUCCUUCUGCUGUCAACCAUGGAAAGUUCUUGUGGUACUUUGUAUUUGAAACUGCCACAGAGUAAUUCUAGCUCUGACCCAUUUGAUGCGACAGGAUCAGGGCGAGAUGAGAGAGAGCUGCAUGUUUUUACAGUGGAUUAUGAGUAUGUGCAAAUCCCCUAUGAAGUUACUCUUUGGAUACUCCUGGCUUCACUUGCAAAAAUUGGCUUCCAUCUCUACCAUCGACUGCCACAUCUCAUGCCAGAAAGCUGCCUCCUCAUUGCAAUGGGUGCCUUGGUUGGUGGGAUUAUUUUUGCAACUGACCACAAAUCCCCACCAGUCAUGACUACCAGCAUUUACUUCCUGUAUCUUCUCCCACCCAUUAUCCUGGAGGGAGGAUAUUUUAUGCCUACCCGUCCUUUUUUUGAAAACUUUGGAUCUAUUAUUUGGUGGUCUGCAGUGGGUUCUCUCAUAAACGCCUUUGGCAUUGGAUUCUCACUUUAUGGGAUUUGCCAGAUCUCAGUGUUUGGCCUCAGGGAUGUUACCCUACUUGACUGCCUGCUCUUUGGCAGCAUGAUCUCAGCAGUGGACCCCGGAGCAGUCUUAGCCGUUUUUGAGGAGCUGUCUGUGAACGAGCAGCUUUGCAUGAUGAUAUUUGGAGAAUCUCUGUUAAAUGAUGGGAUAACUGUGGUCUUAUACAACAUCUUCAUUGCCUUUAUCCAGAUGCAUAGAUAUGAAGACAUUGAACUAGUGGAUAUCCUGGCUGGAUUUGCCCGCUUUUUUAUAGUGGGUCUUGGCGGGCUGCUGUUUGGCAUUGCCUUUGGCUUUGUGGCAGCAUUCAUGACCCGUUUUACACGGAAUUAUUCAGCAAUAGAACCUCUCCUUGUCUUCAUGUUCAGCUAUUUGUCAUACUUAGCUGCAGAAACACUUUACAUUUCUGGCAUCUUAGCGAUAACUGCAUGUGCAGUGACUAUGAAGAAAUAUGUGGAGGCAAAUGUUUCCCCCAAUUCCUACAUAACAAUAAAAUACUUCAUGAAGAUGCUGAGCACCAUCAGUGAGACUCUGAUCUUUGUAUUCAUGGGUGUAGCCACAGUUGGACGGAACCACGAGUGGAACUGGGCUUUCGUCUCCUUCACGCUGCUCUUCUGCCUGCUUUGGAGGGCACUAAGUGUGUUUAUGCUAUUCUGUGUCAGCAAUAAGUUCCGGACCUACCGAUUCACUUUUAAAGAUCAGCUCAUUAUCAUGUACAGUGGUCUACGAGGAGCCAGCAAUUUCUCCCUGGCAUUUUUGCUCCCAGCAGUUCUCUUUCCUAGAAAGAAAAUGUUCAUUACCUCUACUGUUGUGGUGAUAUAUUUCACUGUCUUCAUCCAGGGAAUUACCAUUAGGCCACUUGUAAAGUACCUAGAUGUUAAGAAGACCAAUAAGAAAGAGUCCAUCAAUGAGGAGAUUCAUGUGCGACUGAUGGAUCAUUUGAAAGCUGGAGUUGAAGAUAUAUGUGGCCACUGGAGUCAUUAUCAGCUGAGAGACAAAUUUAAGAAGUUUGACAAUAGAUUCCUUAAGAAGAUCCUGCUACACAAACACCAGCCUAAAUCCAGUAUUGUUUCUUUGUACAAGAAAUUGGAAAUAAAACAAGUCAUUGAUAUGGUAGAGAGUGGGAUGAUGAAACCACCUACUUCCAAAUCAUCUUCUCUGAGGCGUAGAAAUCAAACAAGGCACAUACAUUUCCCUGAAGAGGUGGAGUCCAUGCGGAAUAUGCUGUCAGAUAAUCUGUAUCAAGUGAGGCAAAGGACCCUGUCAUACAACAGGUACCACCUUGCCACAGAAACUAAUGAGGAGCAAGCCAAAGAAAUCCUCAUCCGACACCAGCAGAGCCUGAGGCAGCUCACGAGGAAAGGAAAUUCCCUACCAUGGGGAGGACAGGCUGCCAUCAAAAGUAUGCGUUAUUUGUCUUUACCCUUUGGUAAUGCUCCAAGAGCUAGAAGGAAAGCCAGGAAUGAUGAUCUCACAGAGGACUGCAGCAGUGACUCUGAAUCAGUGUUCAUUACACUCAAUUCAGAGUCUCCAUCGGGAUCAUAUCGACGAAAGUGGCAACAGCAGAAAUCUCUUCCAAUGAAACCGCUACAUUCAAGAGUCGAGCCAGCAGGUUUUACAGAGCAGAAGAGAAAAAGAGACGAGCAGGAUAAAAUAGGCAGGAUGCAAAAACCACUGUUACCUCCAAAGCCUCAACUUAGUGCUGUGGAUGAAACCGAUAUUCAGGAACUUGAGUCAGAGGAUGAGGUGGGGGCAUGCCCAUCAGUGUCCUCCAUCAAAUGGACAGCAGAAACCAGAGGCCCAUUUUUAUAGGUCAAAAAUACAUGAAGAAAAGAGUGAAUUUUUCCUCCAUCAAAAUACAGCUUUUAUCUCCCGUGUUAUUUCUAUUAAAUUCUUGAAGACCUC